AUGAUCAUUUUGGUGGCAUUAUCACUAAUUUUAUUCUAUCUUCUCUGGGAUAAAAUUCUAAAGACAUAUUACAGAUAUUGGUAUUAUACAAGUCAAGGAAUUCAGGCUACAUAUUUCCCAAUACCCCUAAUAGGAAAUUCACUUAAACUACUUGAGGCAACAAAAAAUGCAAAUGAGUAUACUGAUCAAAUUUUAUACGAAUACUUCAAAAAUUAUUUCAAAGGCAAACAAAUCCCUAAGAUAUUUGUAGAUUUUCUUACAGCUCAAGGACAUCUAGUUGUUAGUGAUCCAGAUAUUCUAUAAGAGUUAUAUGUAACUAAGGCUAAGUUCGUAGAUAAAGAAUUGAGGAAUCGGACGUUAUUUUAAAAGUUAGUUGGAAGAUCUAUAUUACUGGAGCCAUCUACUGAAGAGCAAGCAUUAAAGAGAAAAAGACUCUCAGUGGCAUUUUACAAAGAUAAGAUGACUAUAAAUCUAAGAAUACUUGUUAAAAAGACCUAUGAUUGGGUGUAGUCCUUGAAGUAGGAUAUAAAAAAUGGGUAAAAUGAGAAAGAAUUAGGCAAAAUUAUUAGUGAUCAUGUAACAGCAUGCAUAUUAGCUAGUGUGUUUGGUUAAACAAAAUCAAAGCAAACACUUGAAUUUCUUAAACCUGAUGGGAUAGAGGAGUUGUCAAUAGGUUCAUGUGUGGCAAAAUUCUUUUUCCAACUAGUCAGAAGAUAGAUAACUCCACUUAGAUAGAUCACAAGAUUGUUUGACAAGCAUUACAUUGGCCAAAAUGAAAAAUUACUAGCCUAAAACCUUGAUAAUUACAGAGCUUAUUUGUAGCAGCUUAUUGAUGAAAGAAAAGAAUAGCUUAAAGACCCAAAUUUUUAGAGUGCAGAUUUCCUAACACUACUUCUAACAGAUGAACUCUAUAUGAAUGAUAAUGAUCUAAUGAAAGAUGAGAUAAGUACUUUUAUGUUCGCUGCUACUUAGACUACAGCAUCAAUGAUAAAUAAUCUUCUUUAUUACUUUGAGUUCAUUCCAGAAGUGAAAGAAAAGUUAAGAGCAGAAGUAAUAAAUGUCAUGGCAAAUGAAGAAUAGAAAAAAUCUCUUAAGUCUCUUGAAAAACUUGGCUAUGACCAAUUAUAAGAAGGAUGGCAGUAUCUUUACCUACUUAUUCAGGAAACCUUAAGAAUUGAGCCCCCAGUUAGGUCAGCUACAGCAAUGCAAUUAAGGUAAAAGAUGAAUAUUGGUGGGUAUACAGUUGAUUCAGAGACACCUAUUUUGGUUCAUUUUAUGCUACUACACAAGAAUCCAAAGGAGUGGCAAGAACCAGACAAAUUCAUUCCAGAGAGAUUUGAUCCAAACAGUCGAUACUUCCUCACACCUGAUGGAAGAAAGAGAAAAGCCAACAGCUUUAGUCCAUUCUUAGGUGGAAGAAGAAUUUGCUUGGGCAAAACUUUCGCUGAAAAUAUUGCUAAGUUGGUUAUUCCUAUAUUCAUUUCAGAACUAGAUUUCAAGUUUAAAAAGCCAGAGCACUAUUUAAGGAAACCUCCAAAGAGUGUCUCAUUAGAAGUAAACAUUCCCAUCCUACUGUCUUAAAUCAAGAAAGAGUGA